AUGCCUCCCAAGAAGCGCGCCGCCGCCCAAGCUCCCGCAAACACGACGCGAACGCGCGCAACCCGCGGCGCCGCAGCCAAUGACGCGCAGGAGCAAUCCGCGCCCGCGCCCGCACCAGCGCCGCCCACCACCACGAACAAGCGCGGCGCGAAGAAGCAGAAGAAAGACGACGAAGAUGCCGCCGCCGCCGCCGCCGCCGAGGUGAGCGCGACCAACGACGACCAGCCGCCACCUCCGCCACCCACCAACAAGCGCGGCGCGAAGAAGCAGCAGAAAAAGAAGAACGACGACGUCGUCGCCGAGGAAGAGGCCGCGGCGCCCGCCACCGCUGCACCGACGACGACUCCGACGACGGAGAAGAAAGCCAAGGGCCGCGGUCGCGGCCGCCCGCCCAAACAGCAGCAGGCCGGUGCCGGUGCCGGUGCCGACGAGGAGGAUGCGGCGUCGAGCGCGCAGCUGAAGGACGAGCUGAAGGACGCUGCCGAGGAGGCGGUUGCCGCUCAGCAGCGAGAGGAGCCGUCGACUGCACCGCCGCCGCCGGCGAAGAAGAGGGGGAGGCCUGGGAAGAAGGGUGCUGCUGCUGCUGCCGCCGCCGUCACGGAGCCCGAGCCCGAACCCGAGCACGAGCACGAGCCGGAAGCGAUGGUGCUGGAGGAAGAAGAAGCGGCGCCUAAGAAGCGGGGGAGGGGCAAGGCUGCUGCUGCUGCGAAGAAGGAGAAGAAGGAUGUGGAGGAGCCGGUUGUUGCUGAGGAUGCUGGCGGUGCGGACGAGGCGCCGAAGAAGAAGGGGAGGGGUAAGGCGGCGGCGAAGAAGGAUGAGGAUAACAAGGAGGUUGAGGAGCCUGCGCCCGCACCGGCCAAGAGGGGGAGGAAAGCGGCGGCACCGGUUGAAGAGGCUGUUGCUGAUACUGCUGCUGCCGAGCCGCCUGUCAAAAAGGGAAGAGGGAAGAAGGUGGCGGCGGCGAAAGAAGAGGAAGCGCAGCCUGAGGUGAAGGCGCCAGAGCCUCCGAAGAAGCGCGGAAGGCCGGCGGCUAAGCCUGCCCAGGAAGAGUCGGCCCCGGAGGAGCCGGUUCAGGAGAAGCCGGUCGAAGAGCCGCCCAAGCAACCGAAAAAGCGUGGCAGGCCUGCUGCAAAGGCGUCCGAGGACAAGACUGAAGAGAAACCUCGAGAGGAGGACGCCCCGGAGCCUCCGAAGAAGCGUGGAAAGGCCGCGGCCAAGGAGAAGCAGGCCGAAGAGCUUCCGGAGCCGGUCGAAGAGGUCGCGGAGCCGCCGAAGAAGCGGGGACGGCCUGCCGCCAAAGACAAGGUAGCUGACGAGGUGUCGGAACCGCCUAAGAAGCGCGGCCGACCUGCCAAGAGUGCAGAACCGACGCCAGAUACACCGGCCGAUGCGGCACCGAAGAAGCGGGGAAGGUCUGCCAAGGUCCCCGAAGAGGCCGCAGCUGAGGAGGCAAGUGAGCCGCCAAAAAAGAAGGGUAGACCCGCAAAAGAGAAGAGCGUGGAAGAGCCUACCGAGGCGCCUACCGAAGCGCCCAAGAAGCGCGGACGUGGCCCGGCUAAAGUGAAUGCGGAGGAAGAGCCGUCUGAAGUUGCUGAGGCGCCGAAGGCCCGCGGCAAAGCUGGAAAGAAGAACGAGCCAGCUCAAGAAGAGCCGGCUCAGGACGCUCCAGCUGCCAAGAAGGGUAAGGCAAAAGAUACGCCGAAAGUGACUGACGCUGCGCCAAAGCCUCGCGGACGCCCGUCAAAGAGUUCCACUCCUGCAGAACCCAAAGCCGAAGAGCCCAAGAAGGGAACCAAGCGUGGUCAGUCGGCGAAGGAUCCUGUCGAACAAACCGAAGAGCCCACCCCGAAACGUCGCGGCCGUCCUCCGAAGGCUGAGGCAACACCAGAAGAAGCGGAGGCCAAGCCUGCCAAAAAGGCAACGAAGCCAAAGAAGAGUGAGGCCAAAGCUGAUGUGCCCGAGGAGUCUAGUGCUAAAACCAAGAAGCCAGCAAAGACGGCUGGGCCUAAAAAGGCAGCUGGGACUGAGAAACCUGCUGGAACGGCUGGAAUCGAGAGGGAUGCGACCAAUGGACUCGCUUACUGGAUCAUGAAGGCCGAACCGGAGUCUCGCAUUGAGAACGGCAAGGACGUCAAAUUCUCUAUUGACGAUCUCGCUGCUGCUAGCGAGCCUGAACCUUGGGACGGUGUUCGCAACCACGUCGCUAAAAAUCAUAUGCUCGCUAUGAAGAAAGGCGAUCUAGCCUUCUUCUAUCACUCUAACUGCAAGACGCCUGGCAUUGUUGGCAUCAUGGAGAUUGCCGAGGAAGCUACACCUGACGAGAGCGCGUUCGACUCGACACACCCGUACUACGAUCCGAGAUCGAAGAAGGAGAAGCCUGCGUGGUAUUGCGUGAAGGUUGCUUUCCACCGCAAGUUCGCAUCUCCCGAGAAAGUCACGCUCGAUAAACUGCGGGCGCUUUCCAAGGAUGGUCAGCCAUUGGAGAAUAUGCAACUGUUCAAACAGAGCCGCCUCAGCGUGGCCAACGUUCGCCCCGCCGAGUGGAGCUACAUCCUCGGUGUGGCCGGCGAAGUUUCGGAUGAGGACCAUGCUGUUCCGCAGAAGGCAACCGAGCCCGUUCUUGACACGACCGAUGGUGUUAAGGCGCCUGCUCCAGAGGCUGCUACUGCCCAGGAUGACGCAGCUAGCGAGGCCAGCGAACCGAAUGAGCCCAAGUCUGACGACGACGAGCUCGGGCUCACCAUUGGCACACCCAAGGGCGCUGCCGCCCUGCUUGGAGCAGCCAACGACAACAUCUCUGAAGGCGAGGCUACUGUCACUACCCGUGAGAACACUACCACCAAGAAGCCAGAUGGCGAUGUUCUAGAGUCCAGCAUUAUCGAGACCACCACAACCGUCGUGGAGCCUGCGGCAGGUGCACCUCUCAACGGCGGUCCAGUUGCUCCUGCAGCUGCCGAAUCCACAACUCCCGUGCAGUCCCCUCCGCAGAACUUCCAUCGCCUGCCAUCCCGCGGGAGCUCGCGUGGCGGCUCUCUCCAGCCCAACUCAUCCAAGAGUCAGCGUCACGGCUCGCGCGCGCCUUCGGUCCGCAGUCCAUCGGCACAGCCCGCGGUCGACACGAUCGCCGAAGUGGCUGGCGACGCGUCCAGCGGCGCCGUCCUCGAGACCACGGUCGCGGUCGAGGAAAACGGCGGUACGAUCACCGAGAAGAUUGUCGACACGAUCACGGCCCCGGUGGUCCCGGAGGCAGCCCCGGUUGCUGCCGAGACGGCCGGCCCUGCCCCGGCUGUGCAGCCGCUCGUUCUGGAACCCCCGGUCGUCCCGCCUGCGGAGGCGGCGUUGGCGGAGGCGGUGGCGCCCGUCGUCGAGGUCCCUCUGGACCCGGCUGCCCAGCCCGUGGUGCCCGUUGCGAACAUGAGCGUGCCGAUGGUGCCGUUGGAGGGGGCUCCCAUGGCGCCGAUGUUCGGUGGGGAGGGUGAUGGUGAGCAUCGCUAG